AUGCCUGGGGUGAUGCCACGAUUUACCGAAUAUUUACCUGAGGGGAAAUUAAAGGAGUUACGAGAUAUUGCCAAUGCGAUUGUGGCCCCAGGCAAAGGUAUUCUGGCUGCUGAUGAAAGUGUCCCAACUUUGGGAAAACGAUUCAAAGCUAUUAACGUGGAAAAUACCGAGGAGAAUCGGAGAGCUUAUAGGCAACUAUUAUUUUCUGCUGAUCCGGCUUUAGCUAAAAAUAUUUCCGGAGUGAUUUUGUACCAUGAGACAUUGUAUCAGAAGGCCGAUGAUGGAUCCCCUCUUGUGCGUUUGCUUCAAGACCGAGGAAUUAUUCCGGGUAUUAAAGUGGACAAAGGAACCGUUUUUUUGCCCGGGACACCGGAAGAAUAUACUACUCAAGGUCUGGACGGUUUGAGUGAUCGUUGUGCACAGUACAAAAAAGAUGGAUGCCAUUUUGCCAAGUGGCGCUGUGUGCUCAAAAUUUCCGAACGCACGCCGAGCUAUUUGGCCAUGAAGGAAAAUGCAAAUGUCUUGGCUAGAUAUGCGGUAAUUUGUCAACAGGUAAGUUUCUCUCAAACCGGUUAUAAACAUUCAUUGACGGAUUGA